UUUUUCUGCUUGCAGUGUCUCCAUGUUCUGAGUUCAGCUGUUUGAGUGGAGAGUGUUUGCCAUCUGAGGUGGUCUGUGAUUUCAAAGAGGACUGUCAAGAUGGAUCAGAUGAAGAGUUUUGUGGGUCAUGUGACUUUGAGCAUCACUUCUGUGGCUGGAACGACAAUUCGGGAGAUGUGUUAUACACCUGGAUACGGCAAAGAGCCAAUAGUAGUGCAGUGCCUGGAUACGACCACACCACAGAGAGUCCAUUGGGUACACUUCCUACCCGGAUACGUGAUGCAGGUAGAUGUCAAUGAAGGAACUGGCAUGUUUUCAGAGGCUGUUUUAGAGUUUUCUAUUGAAAAAGUAUUGGGUAUUGGUUGCUCUCUCAGAUUUUGGUAUCACAUAUAUGGCACAGAGACCUUUGCGACAUCAGCCCUGGAUGUAAAAAUAGUGAGAGGAUCAAGUGAGGAAAAGUUGUUGGCCAUUCGAAAAAUUAACACAAAUGGAUGGGAAAAUGCAACAGUUUUUAUAGGGAAUCAACCGAAAGGAUACAAGCUGCAAUUUGUUUCCAAGCGUCCCUUCAAUAGCCAUAGCGAAAUAAAGUUGGACGAUAUCUUGUUUAAUAAUUGUGGCAUGGACGACAUACCUCCACCUUCAGAUCAGCUGUCUUGUGACUUUGAGAAAGACAUGUGCUCUUGGUAUCAUGACUACACAGCCAGCCUUUUGUGGGACAGGAGUAAAUUAUACUUUGAAGUCAACCCCGAAGUUACUGGUUACCAUAUGUUAAUAGAGGCUGCGACAAAUCAGCCUAUCAAUUCAACAGCCAGACUUGUCGGCUUUCCUCAGUCUGCACAAAAAGGCCUCUGUGUCAGUUUUUGGUACCAUAUAUUUGGCAGCAGUAUAGGUUCAUUAAAAUUUAUCACCAAACAUCCUGAUGAAGAACAAACAGUUGUGUGGAUGAGAAAUGGGACACAGGGAAAUAAAUGGAGAUUUGCUGAUUUGACAUUUCAAAGUAACAAACCAAUACAGUUUAUAAUAGAAGCAGUGGUAGGGGGGACAGAAGGGAGUAUAUCCAUAGAUGACAUUGUGGUGACCCGCGGAUUAAAUGGCUCCUGCCCUGCGGAGAGAGAGUGCACCUUCCAGGGGUCUCUGUGCGGCCUUCAGCCUUUUGAAGAUUUUGGCUGGACCAGGGUCAAAGGGAGCACACUACCAGCUGAUGCUCCAGGACCAGAGGCAGACCACACCCUGGGGACGGACCAAGGUUACUACUUGAGUUCUACGUUGUGGAGUCUUGCAGCAGGGUCUAAGGUGUCUGUGAUGACAGCGGACAUGGGGCCCACUGCAGCAGGUGGAGAGUGCCUGAUGUUCUGGUACCACAUGGAAGGACUGGGCGAUGGUGAAAUAAAUGUUUAUAUUCAAACCAAUGAAAGUGGCACAGAGCUGGUCCGAGUGUGGACCAGACAGGGGGAUCAGGGGAGCCACUGGAGACAUGGGAGAAUCACACUGCACAGUCCAAAUUACCAGUUUAAGGUGAUAUUUGAGGCAGUGGCAGGUCCUGACCCAAAGGGAAAUAUUGCUAUAGAUGACCUGAUUGUGUUAAAUGAUGCCUGUCCACCUCACGGUUUUUGUGACUUCGAAAUGGAUUUCUGUGGAUGGGUCAACAGUCCACCCAUCGAGUCUGGACUGCACUGGGACUGGCUCUCUGGAUCCAGUUCGGGAAAUCCAUAUAUUCCAAGACGAGAUCAUAGCCUUGAUUCACGAUUUGGCCAUUUUGCUUUUUUGACAAAUACCAAACCCAAUGAAACGGCUCGACUUGAGAGUGAAUUGAUGGACUCGGUGGAAAAAGCCUGCUUGGAGUUUUGGCACUACUCAUCAGAAUGGAGACAUAACUAUUAUUCACACUUUAUUUUGACUGUGCUGAUCAAUGAAAAUGAUUCCCUUCGUCCCCUGUGGAGCAUAAAUGGAUUUUUGAAUGGCUCCUGGAUCCUUGGUAGAGUGGAUUACAUGGCAUCUGGGUUACACCAAAUUGUUCUUGAGGCCACUUGUCCAAAGUCAGAUUGUGGCAGUAUUUCUCUAGAUGACGUCCAUAUUAUGAGAGAUAUUUCCUGCAGUGACUUGAUCCCAACAACAACCGCUUUUCCUCCAACCACUCCUGCCCCUCCCUCCACCAUGGACUGCACUUUUGAACAAGGACUGUGCACCUGGGUUCCAGAGGUUGGUGCAGCUAUCAAUUGGACUCUUAGGAAUGGACUUAAUAUUGAUCACCCAUGGCACGGGGCUCAGUAUGACCACACUGUUGGAAAUAAUCAAGGUUUCUUUUUACUGUUAAAUGGAUCUGGCUCUGAAGAUGGUGAGAAGGCCUCUAUCUCCACCCCAGUCCUGGAGGUUUUCUCAGAGUUUUGUGUUGAAUUUUGGUUUUACAUGUCGGGGCCUGCUGUGUCCUCAUUGGAUCUGCUCAUUCAGACUGAGUCUUCUGACUUGUUGGUGUGGACUCGAGAUGGAACUCAGGACCGAAAGUGGAUUAAAUCUCAAGUAAAUAUUAGCAAUAAUGAGAUAAAGAAGCUCUUGUUCAGUGCUCAUAGAAACAAGGACAGCGAAGGUUUUAUUGCUAUUGACGACAUUACAGUCAAGAGCGGAGUUUGCCAAAAUUAUGAUGUAUGUGGCUUUGAUGCGGACUGGUGUAAUUUUGAAAACGAUGUCAGUAAGCUUGGACGGUGGAGUCGAAUAAAAGCUAACAAGACAAAUCCAGACCACACAUACAGAACUGAACAUGGUUUUUACAUGAGUGUAGAGUUGUCAGACUCAGCAAAUCCUCAAGUGGCUCAGCUCUUCACUUACGAGCUUCCAGCGGCUGCAGAGAUGUGUGUGCGUUUCUGGUACCAGUUGCCUGCGGGGGCCUCUAACACUCUUGCUAUCCAUUUGUUCUGGAGUGGAGAGUUGCAUGAAACGCUCUGGGAAUCUUCUAGUUCAGUGUCUCUGAACUGGGAGGUGGCUGAAGUUACUGUGUGGGCACCUGCCAAGUUUCAUGUAGUGUUCAAAGGAUCUGAUGUGCCUGGAAUGACCUCUACAGUGAAGAUAGAUGAUGUCUCUAUAACAAAGGGAGCCUGCAGUCCUAGAGGCAGCUGUGAUUUUGAGUCGGGGCAUUGCACUUGGAUCAACCGUCCCAUAGAAGGAGGACAUGAUUGGGUUUUAACCUCUGGAGGCAUGAUCGGCCCACCAACCGACCACACAACUCAAACUUCUGAUGGUGUGUUUUUGUUGAGCUCUGCACAGCACCUAGAUCACAGUAGCAGAGCACAGGUAGUUUCUGAAUGGAUUCUACCCCAAGAGACUUCGUGCCUCUCCUUUUGGUCCUAUAUGCAGAGUGAUUCUGGGGCAUUGCAGUUAAAAAUUCAUUCAGGACAAGUGGAGAAGGACCUGACAUUUAACAUCACUAGUGCUCACGAAUGGACCAGGUUCUCUCAUGUUCUCACAAUGAACAGCAAGCCUUUCCAGGUGCUGAUAGAAACUGAAACUAAACCAACAGGAUACAUUGCCAUUGAUGACAUCAGUAUUAGUCCAGGUCUAUGUCAAGCUAAUGAAAGCACGAAAGAGUUUGUCGGCUGCUCUUUUGAAAACAAUACCUGUGGCUGGCACGAUACAAGCAAUGGCCAGUUAAAAUGGGUCAGAGACAAUGGGACUCUUGCUAAUAGGCUAGGUUGGUACAUGACAGUGAAAGAGAUGCGUGCAGAGUAUGAGAGUCCGGCUGUGCUGCUCAGUCCUUUAAUGCAACAGGCUUCUGCUGAAUGCACUUUUCACUUUUACUACAACAUGUACGCACAGGAUUUGGGUGAUCUUAAAGUGUUCCUCCAGUAUGGUCCUGGGGCUCCAACACUUUUGUGGUGGGGAUCUGGUCACCAUGGAAAAGAGUGGCAUGGCGCUGAGGUCAUGAUAGGUCGAGUCCCACACGACUUAAUGGUUUGGUUUGAGGCCAGGACUUCUUCUGGACCAGGACAAAUUGCUAUCGACGACAUAAGCUUCACCAACUGUGCUCUGCCAGAGCCACAGCCUUCUUGUCCAGUGAAUAUGUUUACAUGUAAAAACCAGGCCUGUGUGGAGCUCAGCAGAGUUUGUGACUUCAGUGAUGACUGUGGUGACUGGUCUGAUGAAAAUCACUGUGAGGAGGAAGGUGUGACUGAGCGUUGCAAUUUUGAAAAUGGUCUUUGCUUCUGGACCAACAACAUGGCCAUUGUGCCUGUGGCUAAAUGGGCUCUACACACGGGACAGGAGGCCUGGCCUGACCUCGGACCUCCUCGGGACCACACCAAAAACUCUGCAGCAGGGCAUUAUUUAACCCCCAGUCAGAACAAUGGCCAUGUUUCUGAGAUUCUCUCCAGAACACUACUCCCCAGCACCAACUGCACUGUACAGUUCUUUUACUACAGUCUGUCUGAAGGGAAUCUUGCGGUUCAGUCCAGGAUUCAGAGAAGCGGUGCAGACGAUGUUAUAGUGUGGAACAUGUCAAACAAGCACAGCUACAACUGGCAACGAGCAGAGGCCACUUUCUCGUCCACAACCAAAAGCAAGGUUGUAUUUCAUUAUGAACAUCUAGAAGGACCCAGAGGCCUUGUUGGUGUGGAUGAUAUUUUUUUCUCUAGAGCUUGUUUGUUUGAUCCAGCGAACUCUGACCUGCCCGAAGAAUUCACCACAUCAGCUCCACCAUCCUCCACCAUCAUUAGUCCCACCUCUACCUCUCCUGUGCGCCCCUGCCAGGAGAAUGAGUUUUUUUGCUGGUUGUCAGGUGGUACAGUUUGUGUUGAAGCCAGAGCACAGUGCGACUAUCAAAAAGACUGUCCACAAGGGGAGGAUGAGCAUGGAUGUGGUCCAUGUACGUUUGAAAGCGAUGAGUGUGGGUGGAUUGACAUUAGUGAUGGACAUACUAAAUGGAAAAGGCAAAAGUCCAGCAACAACACAGUGCCUUCAACGGAUCAUACCACUCAAACAGGUUACUACAUAAAAGUAGAUUUCAGUGAAUCGCCAUCACAAACUGAAGCCUGUCUUCAAAGUCCUAUGCUGUCUCCUGUAUCCUUGUACUGUCAGCUGCAGUUUCACUUCUACAUACAGGCGGAGGGUUCUGGGUCACUCACUGUGCUUAUGCAGCAAGAAGGAGGCUCUACAGGACAUGAAGCAAUCCUAUGGUCACGCAGCCAAAGUACCGGUGCACAGUGGACCCCUGAAAACCUAAUACUUGGACCACAACAGAAAAACUAUAAGAUCUGGUUCAGAAUCAGAAAUAAUGGAAGCACAGUCAAACAAGAUCCGAUUGUGGCUUUGGAUGAUAUUUCCUUCAUUAACUGUGAAAAGUCCUUUGAACCACCAGCUUUGUCGUUCUUUGGUUGCUCAUUUGAAGAUGGCCUUUGUAGCUGGUUACAAGGAGCUGAGGAUAAUCUAGAUUGGACAUUUGGAUCUGGUCCAACUGAAAGUCCUAACACUGGGCCCACAGGAGACCACACCACCGGAAAAGGGAAAUACCUUUACUUGAGGACAUCCUCUGCCAGUCAGCAAGGCAGCAAAGCUCUGCUCAAAUCGACGGUACUGCCCCCUGCGGGGGAAGAGGGAUACUGCUUCAGCUUCUGGUACCACAUGUUUGGGCCAACCGUGGGCUCCUUGAGGAUGUUACAAGUUACAGAACAGUUUAAGAAAGUAUUGAUGUGGGAGAAGUCAGGUAACCAUGGCGACCAGUGGCUGCUGAUGCAAAACCAUGUGACUGCAAAGACAGGCCGUCAAUUGAUUUUGGAGGCGACCAUUGGAGGAGAGGCGGGAAAUAUAGCCAUAGACGAUGUCUCACUUACAGCUGGGUCAUGUCCUGUCUCCGAUGUGUGUGACUUUGAAGAGGACAGCUGUGGUUGGAGACAGGACAGUACUGAUGACUUGGAGUGGGUCAGACAAUUUGGCUACUCUGGAAAACCAGGACCACACACCGACCACACGACCAACACCCCCUUUGGAAUGUACUACUAUCUUUCAUCCACCCGGAAUGAUCUAACACAACCAACCGCUGCUAUAUCUUCACCUCUGUAUCAACCUGAUGUGGGGUCUUGUGUGCAGCUCUGGUACCACAUGUAUGGAAAUAAUGUGGGGAAUCUGAAUAUUUACCAGAGAACUGCAGAUGGGGCAAAACAGAUGUUGCUGUUUUCCCUCACUGGAGACCAAGGCCCACUGUGGAGACCUGCCCAGGCCGCCCUGCUGCCCCAAGUCCAGCCCUACAAGAUUGUGGUGGAGGGCGUGCUGACGGGCCCGUCUGAUGAGGGGGGCAUAGCGUUUGAUGAUGUGCAUUUGACAGAGGCUCACUGCCCUCCUCUGGGACACUGUGACUUUGAGACCAACCUGUGCAGCUGGAUUAACGUGCUGCAGAUUGACCAGGCAGACUGGCUCAGAGGCACAGGGGCAGGGCUGGAAUCUAACACCGGACCUCCUGUAGAUCACACCACCAACUCCUCUAGUGGCUAUUACGUGUAUGUGGACAGUUCUGUGGGGCAUUGGGGAGAUCAGUCCUUUCUCAUCAGUGAAGUUUUCCAGCCGUCCGCUAGAGGGCACUGCAUUACUUUCUGGUACCACAUGUACGGAGAGCGUGUUGGGACACUCAGGCUCCACAUUAAUGACAGGAGAACACAUGAAACUGGGAAUGUGGAGGGCAUGUUGAAGUGGGAAGAGAGAGGUAACAAGGGAAAACAAUGGAACAAAGCCAGUGUCACCAUAAAACAUAAUGAGCCAUUCUGGUUUGUGUUUGUCUAUCUAAAAGGACAAAACACAGUGGGAGACAUUGCCCUUGACGACAUCGAUAUUGUCCCUUUUUCUUGUUACUCAGACCCUGUGGUCGACCCUCCAGAUGCCAAGCAUGAUGCGUUAACCAUUGGCCUUGCGGUUGGUUUCACGAUGCUGGCUGGCAUAAUUAUCUCUGUUGUUCUUUUCAUUUUCGUCUGGAAAAGAUGUUACAAAGGAAAUGAACUUGACACAAUUUCAACUAUUGAUCUUUUCGAUUGUAACAAUGAAGUGCAGUCUGGAUUCCCAUUAGAUGGAACCACGUCUGAUGCUUAGAAAAUAUUCAAAUUAACUUGAUAUAAGCUGAUAUUAACAUUUAUAUAAUCUAUUAUUCCGAGUAAAUAAAAAAUAAAAAACAUGACAAAUAAAUGAUAGAAACUGGUGGAUUA